AUGCUGGGUUUAGAGCAAGAAAACGCAGAUCUCCAGGAGUCCUGUAAGCUGUUUGAAGUCAGCAGCCCUGAUACUAAACAGCUCAGGCUCUGUCAGAGAGACAUUGCUGUUUUGAAACAGCUCUGGGAUCUGCUGCUCUGCGCUCAGGUGUGCAGUAUAGCAGAAUGGACUAGGACAGCAUGGAGAGAGAUCCGUGUAGAACAUAUGGAGACAGAGCUGAGGAGGUUUACCAAUGAAUUGCGUGUCCUUGAUAAAGUGGCCCGUGUUUGGGACGUGUUUGUGAGUCUGGACUGUGUGCUCAGGGAUCUGUUGGCUUCUCUGAGGGCUGUGACAGAGCUGCUGAACCCGGCCAUGAGAGAAAGACACUGGGCUCAGCUGGUCAGGACCACCGGGGUUAAUUUCACUCUAACUGAAGAAACGGCUCUUGAGGAUUUACUAGCUUUGCAGCUGCACAGAUAUGAAGAUGUGGUGCACAGUACGGUCGGGAGAGCAGUCAAAGAGAUGUCCACUGAGAAGGUUUUGACUGAAAUCAGCCAGAUGUGGACAAGGAUGGAGUUUUCUUAUGAAGCGCAUUACCGUACGGCUACACCAAUGCUGAAAUGCAGUGAUGAACUUAUUGAGAGUCUGGAGGACAGUCAGGUGCAGCUGCAGGUGUUGCUGCACAGUAAGCAGGCGGCGUUCUUCCACGGGCAGGUGUUGGAGUUACAGGCCCAGCUGACUCGGGCCGACUCAGUGCUGUUGCUGUGGCUGGAGGUGCAGAGGACCUGGGCUCACCUGGAGAGCAUCUUCAUGGACUCCGAAGACAUUCUCCACCAACUGCCGGACGAGGCACGACAGUUCAUCUCCAUUGAUUCUGACUUUAAGGACAUCAUGUUCAGAAGUGGCCAAACAAAAAAUGUAAUUUCGGCCACCAACAAGCCCAAUCUUCUACCAAUGCUUGAAGAUCUGCAGAAGAGACUGGCUGUAUGUGAGAAGGCACUAGCCAAGUACCUGGAGACCAAGAGAAUGGCUUUCCCACGAUUCUAUUUCCUGUCUUCAGCAGACUUGCUGGACAUCCUUUCUAAAGGCAGACAGCCCAGACAGGUUACCUGUCACCUGGGUAAGCUGUUUGACAGUAUGACUGAUCUAGAGUUUUCUGACAAGGAGGGGGAAAAGGCCACAGCGGCGGUGGGAAUGUUCAGCAGAGACGGAGAAUACGUGUCAUUCUGUUCACCGUGUGACUGCUCUGGACCGGUUGAGCUCUGGUUGAAGUGUCUGGAGGAUGUGAUGAGGGAGGGAAUGAGGAGGCACAUAGCUGAGGCUGUGGUCGUGUACGAGGAACGUUCACGGGAACACUGGGUCUUGGAGCUGCCGGCUCAAGUGGUUCUCACCGCCUCUCAGAUCUGGUGGUCCGCUGACAUGACUCUUGCAUUUGAGCGGCUGGCCGAGGGUUUUGAGACGGCGCUCAGAGACUACAACAAGAAACAGACUGCCACAAGCACGUCCAUAUCGUCCCUGCAGCGUCAGGAUCUGUCAUCAAGCGCAGAGAAGAUUGCCCAGCUAAACUCCUUGAUAAACAUGUUAUUGGGGGAACUGAACCCGGGUGACAGGCAGAAGAUCAUGACCCUGUGCACCAUAGACGUUCACUCCAGAGAUGUGGUCUCCAAACUCAUCGCUCAGAAGGUGAGCAGUGCUCAGGCAUUUGCCUGGGUUUCUCAGCUCCGCCACAGCUGGGAUGAGGAGCAGAACCACUGCUUCAUCAACAUAUGCGAUGCUCAAUUUCGAUAUUCCUAUGAAUAUCUGGGCAACCUGCCUCGUCUGGUCAUUACACCUCUUACAGACAGAUGCUAUAUAACACUGACUCAGUCACUGCACUUGACUAUGAGCGGAGCUCCAGCGGGACCGGCCGGCACAGGAAAGACCGAAACCACUAAAGACCUGGGCAGAGCUCUGGGGGUCAUGGUGUAUGUCUUCAACUGCUCGGAGCAGAUGGACUAUAAGUCCAUAGGGAACAUCUUUAAAGGUCUGGCACAAACUGGAGCGUGGGGCUGCUUUGAUGAGUUUAACCGAAUCGCUGUGGAGGUUCUGUCAGUCGUGGCAGUACAGGUGAAGACCAUACAGGACGCCAUUCGCAACAAGAGGAAGAGGUUUCUGUUCCUAGAGGAAGAGAUUAGUUUGAAGCCCUCUGUUGGGAUCUUCAUCACAAUGAACCCUGGAUAUGCUGGACGAACUGAGCUACCAGAGAACCUCAAAGCUCUUUUCAGGCCGUGUGCAAUGGUGGUUCCUGACAUGGAGCUGAUUUGUGAGAUCAUGUUGAUGUCUGAGGGAUUUUUGAGCGCUCGGGUUCUGGGCAACAAGUUCAUCACCCUCUACAGGCUCUGCAAGGAGCUGCUCUCUAAACAGGAUCAUUACGACUGGGGUCUGCGAGCUGUCAAACCUGUCCUGGUGGUUGCUGGAGCUCUUAAAAGAGCAGAUCGGACUAAGCCAGAAGAUCGAGUGUUGAUGCAGGCUUUGAGAGAUUUCAAUAUGCCAAAGAUCGUUUCGGAAGACGUUCCCGUGUUCCUGGGUCUGAUUAGAGAUUUGUUCCCUGGAUUGGAGGUGGAGAGGCGGACUGAUGCAGAGUUUGAGCAGAUAGUCCGUCAGACGAGUCUAGAGUUAAAGCUUCAACCCGAGGACACGUUCGUUCUGAAAGUUGUUCAGCUUGAUGAGCUCCUAUCUGUUCAUCACUCGGUGUUUGUGGUUGGUGAUGCUGGGACUGGAAAGAGCCAGAUCCUGAAAACUCUUCACAAAACCUACUUUAACAUCGGGAAGAAGCCUUUCUGGAAUGAUCUGAACCCAAAAGCCAUAAGCAAUGAUGAGCUGUUUGGAUUCUUUCAUCCAGCCACUCGGGAAUGGAAAGAUGGUUUAUUGUCACAUUUCAUGCGGGAUCAAGCCAGUAACUCUCACUCGGGGCCAAAGUGGAUUGUUCUGGAUGGAGACAUUGACCCCAUGUGGAUUGAGUCUCUCAACACUGUCAUGGAUGACAACAAGGUUCUUACUCUGGCUAAUAAUGAACGUAUCCCACUCACCCCCUCGAUGAGACUACUGUUUGAGAUCAGCCACUUGAAACAUGCCACGCCUGCCACCGUGUCUCGAGCUGGCAUCCUGUACCUCAAUCCACAGGAGCUUAGCUGGAACCUGUAUGUUACGAGUUGGAUUGAUCGGCGGGAGAGACAAACCGAGAGAGCACACCUGACCAUUUUGUUUGACAAAUAUGUCCCUCGCUGUAUUGAAAAAAUGAGAAGCUCCUUUAAGACGAUCGUCCCUGUCACUGAGAACAGCAUGAUUCAGACUCUGUGCUCCUUGUUGGAUUGUCUGUUAACUCCAGAGAGCAUACCAGCAGACACUCCACGGGAAGUCUACGAAACAUACUUUGUGUUCGCAUGUGUGUGGGCUUUUGGUGGAGCCACAUUCCAGGAUCAGAUCCACGAUCACCGGGCUGAGUUCAGUCAGUGGUGGAUCAAAGAGAUGAAGAGUGUGAAGUUUCCUGCACAGGGUUCAGUGUUUGACUACUAUUUAGAUCCUCAUUCCAGACGCUUCCUGCCGUGGACCGACAGGAUUCCCGUGUUUGAGAUGGACCCUGAUACUCCUGUACAGUCUGUGUUAGUCCCCACAGCUGAGACGGUCAGACUGCAAUAUUUCACGCGCGUGUUAUUGGAGACGUCUCAGCCUCUCAUGCUGAUUGGUGGAGCAGGCAGCGGGAAAUCUGCUCUGGUCAGGAACCUUCUGGAAACACUGCCUGAGAACUUCAUGACCGCUAAAGUUCCCCUUCACUUUUAUAUCACUGCGUCCGUUCUGCAAAAGGCGAUGGAGAAAGCUCUGGAGAGAAAAGCCGGCAGGAGUUACGCACCCCCGAGAAACAAGAGACUCAUCUAUUUCAUCGAUGACAUGAACAUGGCGGCGGUGGACGGUUACGGGACCUCUCAGCCACACGCUCUCAUUCGCCAGCAUCUGGAUUACAAGCACUGGUAUGACAGUCAAAAGCUAACAAUGAAAGACAUACACAACACUCAUUAUGUGUCUUGCAUGAAUCCAACGUCGGGGAGUUUUACAAUUAACCCCAGACUGCAGAGGCAUUUCACGGUGUUAGCGGUCGGCACACCCAGCUGUGAAACCCUCAGCUCCAUCUUUGGCUCUAUCCUGAGCCUCCACCUGCGGAGGAUGCCGUUCAGCCCGGCCGUGGUCAGGAGUGGUCCAGCUGUGGUCAAAGCGGCUGUAACCCUCCAUGACAGGGUGCUCCGGCACUUCCUCCCCACCUCUGUGAAGUUUCACUAUCUCUUCAACCUGUGGGAUCUCUCUCAGCUGUUCCAGGGUCUCCUGUUCUCCAGGCCAGAGUGUGUUAGCCGGGGCGCAGAUCUGAUUCGACUCUGGAUCCAUGAAUCCAGAAGAGUUUAUUCAGAUCGCUUUUCUGAGGCAUCUGACCUUCAGCUGUUUCACAGGCUGCAGGCGGACAUCACGCGACAGGCCUCUGAGGAAAUAGAGGAAGAGGCAGUGUUGCAGGAGCCGCUUAUAUACCUGCACAGCAGUAUGGGCUCCUCAGAACCUUCUUACAAGCCCGUAGCUGGAUGGGAGCAGCUCAGCUGUAUCCUCAAGGAGGCUUUGGACAGCUACAACGAGCUCCACUCUGCCAUGAACCUGGUGCUGUUCCAGGAAGCCAUGCAGCACGUGUGUCGGAUCAGCCGCAUCCUGGCAUGUCCUAGAGGCCAUGCCCUGCUCGUAGGCGUGGGGGGCAGUGGCAAACAAAGCCUGACCCGCCUCGCCGCCCACUUCUCCAACAUGGAUGUGUUCCAGCCCACCCUCAGCAAGGACUACAGCAUACAGGACCUAAAGGUGAAUAUAGCCGGGCUGUACUUGAAGACAGGGGUGAGAAACAUCCCCACAAUCCUGCUCCUCACAGACGCUCAGAUCCCAGAGGACCGUUUCCUCGUCAUCAUCAGCACCCUGAUCUCAUCAGGUGAUAUCCCUGAUCUGUUGAGUGAAGAGGAGGUGGACGGUGUUAGAAAAGCUGUGAGGAGCGAGGUGCGGGAACUGGGUCUGCUGGACAACAAUGACAACUGCUGGAGCUUUUUUAUGAAUCGAGUGCGACAACAGCUGAAGGUCGUGCUCUGCAUGUCUCCAGUAGGUAAUAGCUUGCGUCUACGUGCCCGGCGUUUCCCGGCUCUGUUGAACUGCACCACUCUGGACUGGUUCCAGGAAUGGCCCCCGGAGGCCCUUCAGUCUGUCAGCUUGAAGUUCCUGCAGGACAUCCCAAGUAUUCAGCCGGCCGUUAGGGAAUCCAUCAGUCUUUUCAUGGCCCACGCUCACGAGAGCGUCAAGCGGGUUAGCGAGCGUUACUGCCGCAAUGAGAGGAGGCACAACUACAGCACGCCCAAGAGCUUCCUGGAGCAGCUGAGGCUUUACGAGAGUCUGCUGGGAAAGAGAGAGAGGGAGCUGCAUCUGAGACACGGCAGGCUUCAGUGUGGCCUUCAGAAACUCAAGACCACAGCCUCUCAGGUUGAGGAUCUGACAGUCAAGCUGAACUCACAGGAAGUGGAGCUGACUCUGAAGAACCAGGCAGCUGAGGCUCUCAUGGCCAGGAUUGGUCUGCAGACUGAAAGAUUGUGCCAGAAGAGGAAGGAUGCUGACCUAGAGGAGCAAAAGGUGGCUGCCAUACAAGCAGAGGUGUCACGAAGACUGAGAGAAUGUGAACAUGAUCUGGCUAAAGCUGAACCUGCUUUAGAAGCGGCUACAGCUGCUCUUCAAACUCUCAACAAGGUAAACCUGACAGAGUUAAAGACGUUCCCGAAUCCCCCCGAGGCUGUGAUUAACGUCACCGCGGCUGUGAUGGUGCUGCUGGCUCCACGUGGAAGAAUUCCUAGAGACCGCGGGUGGAAGGCCGCCAGAGUCUUCAUGGGCAAGGUGGAUGAGUUUCUGCAGACCCUGCUUACUUAUGAUAAAGAGCACAUCCCUGAGUCCAGUCUGAGUGUGGUGAAGCAGGAAUACCUGAGAAACCCAGAGUUCCAUCCCGAUCACAUCCAGACCAAGUCCUACGCCGCCGCUGGCCUCUGUGCAUGGGCCAUUAACAUUGUGCGCUACUAUGAGGUUUAUUGUGAGGUCGCACCGAAGCGUUUGGCUCUGGCACAAGCCAAUACUGAACUGGAAACUGCUACAGCAAAACUACUCAGCGUCAGAAAGAAACUGGAAGAUCUGGACAGGCACCUGCAAAGCCUAACAGCUCAGUUUGAGAGGGCGGCGGCUGAGAAACUGCGCUGCCAGGAGGAAGUGACACGCACCAGCCAGACCAUUGAGCUGGCCAAUCGGUUGGUGGGAGGCCUGCAGGCAGAAAAUGUCCGUUGGUCGCAGGGUCAGCUGGAGCUGGAGUCUCAGCUGAAGACCGUGUGCGGGGACGUGCUUGUGGCUGCUGCUUUCGUCUCUUACGCCGGAUGCUUCACGCAGCCGUACCGUCACCAACUCUUUCACGACAUCCUCUUUCCUUUCCUCCGAGAACUCAGAACCCCUAUCCCGCUGACAGACGGUCUGGACCCUGUACUUACGCUGACUGACCAGGCCACCGUGGCAGGCUGGCAGAACCAGGGCCUGCCAGCUGAUCGGCUGUCCGUUGAAAAUGCAGCCAUCCUGACGGAGAGCCAGCGCUGGCCUCUGAUGGUGGAUCCUCAGCAGCAGGCCAGCACGUGGAUCCGAAAUCUGUACGGGCCCAACCUGAGGGUGCUGCAGUAUGGCCAGAAAGGGUUCCUGGAUGUUAUUGAGCAGGCUUUGGCUGCUGGUGAGGUGGUCCUGAUCGAAAACGUGAACGAGACAGUGGACCCUCUUCUGGAACCAUUGCUAGGAAGGCAGACCUUAAAGAAAGGAAGGCAAGUUUAAUGGCACUGAUGAAGGCACCGAUUCUCUCAUUGAGUGCAUUGCGGUAAAAAUUACUCCAAAAAAUGUUGUACGGCAGCAGAUUUUAGCAUGUUUUAGCUCCAUUCUUUGCUCUGUGCAGUAUGAAAACUAGAAUGGAAGAUGAAUUAGGGUUGUGUGAUUUGAAUAGAGGUGAAGGCAGCGGUAUUGAUUCUGCACUCACAGAAGCUGAUAAAUGUGCAUUUGUUUGCUCUUUUUCUUUGUGUGUGCUGAAUACGGAUCAGUUUUGGGCAGCCAGUGUUGUGUUUUAACCCUGAGACAAAAAUAUAUACAUCCCCCAAACAUAUAAAUGUAAUUAAAAAUGAUUAUAAUUAUGAUUAUAAAAUUAUAUUAUUUUAAUUAAAAAUUCUAUU